AUGUCAGGAGAUGGCGCAUACAUCGCGAACAGAACCUCAGUCUGUUUCCCAUCAACCGAACAGUGCUACAUCCAACUCCAACCCGGAAGUGGAGGCGGUUGCGUAACAUCCGGUCCAUUCAAAGACUGGAAGAUCAACCUCGGCCCCCUCGCCGCCGUCUCCCUCCCCCCUCCGACCCCCAACCCCCAACCCAACGGCCUAGGCUACAACCCGCGCUGCCUCUCCCGCGACAUCUCGCUCCAAUCCUCCGCCGAAACCCGCGACUCCGUCGUCGCCGCCCUAAUCAGAGACAACACCACCAUCACAUCCUUCCAAACCGUGCUCGGCGGCGAAUUCGCCCAGGGCAAAAUGGGCCCCCACGUCGGCGGCUACAACACCAUCGGCGGCGAUGCCGGUUCCGAUUUCAUCAAUUCGCCUGCGGAUCCUGCGUUUUUUGCGCAUCAUGCCAUGGUUGAUCGUGUGUAUUGGACGUGGCAGAAUUUGGAUUUGGAGGGGAGGAAGGAGGCGAUUGCGGGGGGGACGAGUGGGGUGGGGGAUCCGGGGGAGCCAGGGACGUUGGAGGAUGUUAUUACAUUGGGGGAGUGGGUGGGAUUUGGGAAUGUGACGAUUAGGGAGGCGAUGAGUACGGUUGGGGGGCCGUUUUGCUAUGUUUAUGUCUAG